UCAUUUCUUUUUCUCUCAAGCAGUCUUACUCUCUCCCUCCUCCUCUUCUCUCACUCUCUCUCUCUCUCCUUUUCACUUCGGGUCCCUUGCUCCACUCCCUCUCCCUUACUCCCACACUGCUCUGUCACUCACUCACACACUCAUAUCAGCUCUCCCUGUGCGCCGUCUCCACCAUCGGACAUCGUCAGUGUGUCUGCGUUUUGCCAGGUGGACGCACUCCCCACAGUCACCAUUUCCACCCCGGAGAGUUCCACGGUGGCUGCGCAGCCCCUUCCCCGGCUGAGCAUCGGGCGGAAGACCCUGGUGGCAGCUGCAGUGGGGGUCAUGCUGGUCCUGGUUCUGGUGGUCCUCAUCCCCGUGCUGGUGAGCUCCGUUGGCACAGGUGGCAUAGAUGACAGCUCGAGCCACUACGAGAUGCUGGGUACCUGCCGUAUGGUUUGUGACCCCUUCCCCAGCGCUGGCACGACGGGAACAGGUGUGCACGUAGGAACGGAUACAGCAACCACAGGCCUACAGGUGGACAACGACGCUGAUCUGAGUGAUCACAGCAUCGGCCCACCGCUGCCUACUUACAGUGCUCAUGGCCCACAAGGCAAACCAGGACGUCCGGGCAAGCCUGGACCCCCAGGACCACCUGGAGAGCCAGGCCCACCAGGACCCAAAGGACCACCGGGAGAUGGUGUGGACAUCGUACGGACUGGGAUUCUGGGUUUAGGGGGUAAAGGGGCAGUUAGCACAACCACCUACAACACCACUCCUCGGGUGGCAUUUUAUGCAGGACUACGAAACCCUCAAGAAGGUUAUGAUAUUCUUCGAUUUGAUGACGUGGUGACUAAUAUUGGAGGUAACUACGAGGGCGCAACGGGCAAGUUCACCUGUAAGAUUCCUGGCACCUACUUUUUCAUCUACAAUGUGCUGAUGAGGGGAGGAGAUGGCACUAGCAUGUGGGCUGACCUGAUCAAGAAUGGUCUGGUCAGGGCCAGCGCUAUUGCCCAAGACCAGGACCAGAGUUAUGACUACGCCAGCAACAGUGUCAUCCUUCAUUUGGAUGCAGGCGAUGAGGUUUUCAUAAAAUUGGAUGGGGGCAAAGCUCACGGGGGAAACAGCAACAAAUACAGCACCUUCUCAGGGUUCAUCCUCUACGCCGACUGAGGACUGGACAGGAUGUGGGCUCAGAGGUGAAAGGUCACAGCCAGAGGACAUUCACUUCCUGACUUUCACUUGGCUCCUGCAGUAAGGUUAAUGUUGCCCAUAGCCACUGAUCCGCUGCCAGAUUGUUUUUAAGGAUGCAUAAGAUCAGUGCCGAUACGGCAGUUAAGGCCGUGGAUCUGUGGUUAUCGGUAACUGUCUACCUGCUCCUCCAUACAUCCCAUUGUAUACAGGGUGCCUAUGCCACUACUCUGAUGGACGCGAGCCACGUAACAGCGACUGUCACUGUCCAUGUGUCAUGCUGAGGUGCAGUAACAAUUCUGACAGUGCAGAAGCCUCGCCAUCAUUUUUGAGCUGUCAUGUCAAAUGCAAGUCUGGAAAUCCAGCAGUUGUGGCGACUGCAGUGUUCGUAAACGUGCCGUUUUAGAUUUAUGUUUUCUCAUGCUGUUUGUAUGAUAAGGUGUUGUCCUUCAACGACAGAGGAGAUAUAUUCAUUCUCAAGAAAUACUAAUUUGUCAAAUACUGGGUGCCAAGAUGAGAUUAUUCUUGUGUUGAAUGGCGGUGUCACAAAAUGUACUGUGUCUCAGUGUGAUGGUUUGGAAAAUCAUGUCAUAUUAGCCCAUCAUAUUCGGCAUAUUGUUAGUGUAUAAACUGUACAUUUGAUAUUGAAUCUUGAUGUCUGAACACAAUCAAAAUAGUGAACAUGCACCAUAUUGUGUGUGUCUGUUAAAAAAUAUAGCUGUUAUAGCUGUGAUAGAUAGUUGUACAAUUAUAUCAUGUAAUGGUUAAUGUGCCAUUUGUAAAGACCCAUUUAUUUAAUUCAUGCAUGUAAGACCUGUUAAAAUGUUCUGUAUGUUUCCACAA